UACGACUUGAGUCUGACGAAGCGCUCUCCUAUCCCAUCUCGCAUACCAGGGUUGGCUCGAUGUAUGCGGGGUCACCUUACCUGAUCCAGCCUCAGUACCUUGACGUAUGCUUGAGGGACCCGAUGGGUCACAUCUCGGCCCUGGAGCUCUGCAAUCCAGAUGGGGGACAGAGGCCAUGUUCCUGCUCGCACAUUGCCUCCUCGUUGGAACAUACGGCAGUAGCCAGGGGACCCACUUUGACGGCGUACAAGGGCGCUAAUUCGCGUCUCUCUGCGAUCAUCGGGCGUUACUUCGAUCGCUUAGGUGCCUGCAGGAGUAGCAGCUUCCAGUGGCCCUACGAUGCCGAGCGCAUGGCGAUGGACCUCGAUGCAGACCUCAUGUGCUUCGAAGCAAGCGUAGCCCAGCUCCCUUCUGCCAUGUUUCGAAUGGGGCAAAAGGAAGUCCUGUCGCUCUGCGUCGCUGCGCUGCGCGGAGACGUCGCCAAGCGGCUCUGCGAUGCCUUUGCGGCCAAUCUUUUGUCCCGCGAGAAGGCGCUUCUUCCCGAGGCGGUCGAUUGGAUGCUCCAGCGGCGCAGCCUCGACACAGCCAAGGCACUGAUCCUACGUGCGGUAGACGUGCCCCGGACAUCGUCGUUGGGCGCCCGGGUCAGCUGGGUCUUUUUCCCAAAGUUUGUACAUCGACAUACCAUGGAUCUGCUUGUGGCUGCGAGACGCUGGACGGCACGGCAGCACGAUGCAGAAGGCACGGCCUAUCUACUCGACUGUCUCCGUCAUGCUAUUAUGGGACGCAACUUUCUGGUUUUGCUCACGAGGAGAAGUGAGCUGCCAGCUGCCAAGAGGCUCGUCGACGAGGUCUGCGCGCACACCCUCGAAGUACUUGGCACCUGGAUCGACGGAGGCGAGAGAGAAGAGGAAGAUGAUCAGCGCCAGCGCAGGCUUACGGUGCGUAACGCCGAGGUUAUCGUGAACGACGCAGCGUUGAUGGCAGACAUCGAGGCGCGCUUGCCCGCACCAUUGCCCCCCAACCUCGAAAAUUUGGACUUCAAUCUCGACGAGACGCUCGCCAGCCUGUUUGCGGACCUGCCUGCGCUCGAACAGCUCUUUGGCUUCGGCGCGGCGGCCCCUGUUCAGUAGCGCUGUGCUCGUCCACUUCGUCGAGCAGCUUGGUGUCCAUAUGAGCGACAGGGAGUGUACAGCUCGCAAGCCUAGCCUUGCCUGAGUGAUACU